CUUCCCUUUUAAUCUAGAAUUCUUUUUUUCUUUCAUUGCUUCCUCUCCCUUACUCACUACCCGUUUCUCCUCCCUCUUCUUUCCAGUCCCGCCUCUCUCGCAGGCCUGUGUCUAUCCGCCAUGUUAGUUUCCCCCGGUUCCGGCCUUCUGAGCAGGCCUAGUCACGGGUUUCCCGCACCGUUCCGGGCCCACCUCCUUCCCCGGGGCCCUGGCGUGUGACCGGCGGGCAGGCCACGGCUGGAUUUUGUUGUACCACCAGUCAUGGGGGAUAUGAAGACUCCAGACUUUGACGAUCUUCUGGCUGCAUUUGACAUUCCUGAUGCCACCAGUCUUGACCCAAAAGAAGGAAUCCAGUCUACAGGUGAUGAUACAGAAAACCACCUCAAGCCAGCGGGUAUGUGUAUGGAUGAGAAUCUGUCUCUAGCCCAGUCUCUACCAGCCCCUGAUGUUCCUGCCGUCAGCGUUAUUGUGAAAAACACAAGCCGUCAAGAGUCAUUUGAAGCUCCUGAGAAAGAAGGAAACCACAUGGGUCCAACACUACUUCAAAAUGGCUUUCGUGGCCAGGAUGUUGUGUCAGAGCCCCACUCCAUGGGGGGUUACGGAAAGUUUGAACCAACUUUCAUUAAUGGGGACAGCUCAAGGAGCUAUACAGACAAACUGGAGGCUCACAAAACUGAGCGUUUACCAACUUUUAACCAGUUUAGCCCUAUCUCCAGCCCUGAGCCUGAUGACUCCACCAAAGAUAAUGGUGUUUUAAAUAAACAAAAGGUGUCAGAGAGUCCAUACUUCCCACAGCCCUCCAUAUACAUUCCAGCUGAGGGUUGUGUUGUGGAUUCUCUGAGAGAACCCCAAGAAACGGAACUAAGCAUGUUUGAUGAAUAUUGUAAAAAAGAGCAAAAAUCUGACAGCAAGGAAACUGGAGAGAGGAGAAUGGAACACCUCAACCAAAUGGAUAAGACAAACUGCUUCCUUGGAGAUGCUUUACCAUUCAAAGAUAUUCAGAAUAACAGUGUUAAUGUGGAGAAAGUGUGCACAGAGGCCUCUGUGUGUUCCUCAGCAGUACCUCCUCGCCAGCGAAUUAAACCUGCUCAUUCUAAGCUUUCUUCUUGUGUUGCUGCCCUUGUGGCUCUGCAGGCUAAAAAGGUUGCUGUUGCCCCCAAGGAGGAACAAUCAUGUAUUCCUAAAGAAGUUACACUGAAAGAUAUUAAGGGGAGUCCUAAAAUGCCGAAGUCCCCAAAGAGUCCUCGAAGUCCACUUGAAGUGGUUAAAAAGAUUAUCAAACCUCCCGACAGCCCCAUGAGUGUCUGUAGUGACACAAGCAGUAAGGGUUCUCCUUCAGUCUGUGCUGGUUCCCCCCCUGCCAUCCCCAAAGUAAGGAUAAAAACUAUCAAAACAUCAUCUGGAGAAAUAAAAAGAACGGUGACCAGAAUCUUGCCAGAUGUCGAGCCAGAUGAUUUGGUAAAAUCUGAAGAGAUGUUAGUAGAAAACUCAUCUGGUGAGGAUGUCAAGCCACUAGAUGUUGCAUCCGAGAACGAAAAGGAGAAGUGUAAUUCUGGAAAGAAUACACCUCCAACUAGAUGCCAAACGCCUACCACUGCCAGUCAACAAGCAACAAGCGCAAAAGGUGAAAAGAAAGGAGCACUAGCUUCAAGUGUUCAGAACCCUGGCACUGGUUCAACAAAAGCAUCAAAUUCUUCACAGAACAAAAAGCAGCCAGCAGCUUCUACAAAGACUGCAUCUAAUUCAACCACUCUUCUCCCCAAAGCUGUCCACUUAGCCAACCUUAACUUGGUCCCGAACAGUGUCCCCACUUCUGUGGCCACCAAAUCCCCUACUUUGAGGCCAUCACAGGGACAGGUAACACAAAUGAAUGUUCCACUGGUACAUCAAGUUAAGAUAGCUGCUCCUGUCAUUGUCGAAGCAUUCAAUAAGCUGCUACAUAGCCCCAACCCUGUUCCAACCUACACGCCUAAUCUGAGUCCACCUCCUGAGUGUAAUAUUAACCUGCCAGCCUCUGGCUACAACUGUUUAGAGUGUGGGGACUCAUUUGCUUUGGAGAAGAGCCUUGCUCAACACCACAAUAGACGGAGUAUCCAUAUUGAGGUUAUGUGCACCCAGUGUUCCAAGAUAGUCCAGUUUUACAAUAAAUGCAGCUUGCUCAGCCAUGCUAGAGAGCACAAAAGCAAAGGACUGAUAAUGCAAUGUUCUCAGCUUAUGAUGAAGCCCAUCACCUCUGAGCAGAUGCUUGCACUCCCCCCUCUAAUUUCCCCAGCACUAAAUAGUCAACCCUUACCUUCCACCCAAAGGACAAUUGCUCCAGGAUUGCUUGGAGUUUGGUCUGGGACUUCUUCCUAUGCCCCACCAGCAAUGCCUCUAUACGCUGAUCCUUAUGGACUGAUACGUCAUGGGUUUAAGUGUCUGGAGUGCAGCAAACAGGUGGAGGACUACACUAGUUUGGCUGGGCAUUAUCAGAGAGUGGCUGAAGAAAAAGAUGGGCUGACCUGCCAGGUGUGCCAGAUGAUGCUUCCUAAUAAGUGCAGCUAUGGAGCUCACCAGCGCAUCCACACACACAAGUCUCCAUACUGCUGCCCAGAGUGUGGAGUUCUCUGUAGAUCUGCCUAUUUUCAGACCCAUGUCAAAGAAAAUUGUCUACACUACACACGCAAGGUUGCAUUCAGGUGUAUUCACUGUGGGGUAGUGUUCAUGUCGCUGGGAUUGUUGAAAACCCAUAUCCAGGACAAGCACUGUGAGGUCUUUCACAAAUGCUCCUUUUGCCCAAUGGCGUUCAAGAACACAGAGAGUACAACUGCUCACAUCAUGGCCCAGCACCCCACCGCCAGCCAUCGGAAUGCACAAAUAAUCUACAAGUGUUCCUGUGAGACUGUCUUCAAUAAGAAAAGACUCCUACACCAGCAUUUCUACCAGAACACAAACACACUGCUUGUGAGUGUGUUCAAAUGCCCAGAGUGUCAGCUGGCGUACAUGCAGAAACAGCUUUUAGUGCAGCAUCUCAAGUCAAUGAAGAGGUAUCCUUGCAGGCAAUGUGAAAGGUCUUUCAACUCCUCUGCUAGCUUACGAAGACACGUUCGAAUCAACCAUGACACAAAGAAGUUCACAUGCUGUUACUGUCCAGACAAGCCAAACUUUGCCAAGCCAUCCAUGUUGGCCAAUCACAUCAUCCUAAUGCAUGGGAUAAAAAACCCUGAGCUCACCCAGGUACCAACAACUGCCACGUUGCCCCCAGACAAGCCCACUGUGAGUGAAGUUCAAAAGAAGACCUCAGGCUCCAAGAGAACGGUUAGAGAGGCUAUAGAGAAUGCUGAGGAUUCAAAAAGGUCCAGCUGCAAGAAGCCGAAAUCCCUAUACAAGUGUGCUAAGUGUGGCUUCACUACGGACAGCAACACAGCAUUUCUUGAGCACAUACCUCGACACAAAACGGACAAUUCAGCGUGCCAGUGUGUGCACUGUGGCUUGUGUUACACAUCCCAGAUAUCACUCAAUAGGCACCUCUUCAUUGUUCAUAAGGUAAAGGAAGAAGAAGAGGAGGAAAUACAAAUAUCAGAUGCAAACUCAGACAAGAAGCCCUCAUCAGAGUUUCUUUCUGUGGGUCUUAAGCAAGAGCAAAGAGAACCAUUGGAGUGUGCCCAGUGCAGUUUAACUUUUGACCUUGAGAGUGCACAUGCUGCUCACCUCCAGACUCACAAGGAACACCCUUCUAAAAAUCAGAACAAGGAUUCCAGAUAGUUUGAGGUUAAUAUGAUAUUUGGCUUUUGGAAAUAAUGCAACAAAUGUUCAAAGACUUUAUAAAAAUAUAAAAGAAUUUUAAAAGAAUUAUUUUUACUGCGAAUAUUGGAGGGUUGUUGAUUUAAACUUUUAAAAAAAACUGUAAAAAUUUAAGGUACCAUGCUUCUUACAGCAGACCAAUAAGUAUUCACUUAGAGACCACAACACAAUAAUGCUUACAAACGCAACGCCCAGCAAUAGGAGGGAGAUCAACAGAGAGCCAAAAAAGGGAAAAGUGUUAUUUUUUCUUUUUAACUCCUUUUCGUAAAAUUUUAACUUCAGCUAUUAAACCUCUUACAUCAUAGUAUUGAAACGUUAAAAUGGUUUGUCAAAUUUCCUUCCUGUCAGACUAUAAUGCAUUAGGAAGUAAAUAGCAGAGGCAAUACUAAUGCUUCACUGCCAGUCCAGAUUGUCCUGUUAAAUGAUGCAGUAUUUUAUAGAAAUGACUUGAGACCACUGUUUUAAGUGACCUUGAAUGUUAUUUUUCAAACAAGCAAUUGUAAGGAGUUUCUUCUGUAAAAUCUGUUGCUUAAAGUUUAAAAAAAAUAUAUAUAUAUAUAUAUACAUUUACAAAGAUCAAAAAGCCUUAGAUGGAUCUUAUUGUCCCAACAAUACUGCUCAUUAUAUUACAUCAUAGGUCUGGAUGACUUUCAUUGCUUAGUUUACGGGUAUAAUACAGAUAGAGAUAUCCAAACUUUUAUGAUAACCAUCAGAACUUAUAUUUUAUUUUUUAAAUUAAACUUUUAACAACGUUGAAGUUUUCUGGGCUUUAACGCAGAUGGACGGAAUACAACUUCCUAAGCGGGUGGCUUUCCUGAAGCCACUGGCUCUUCCCUGAUGGGAUCGCUGUCUGGAGGGCAUGCCUAGCAACAUAGGGAUGCCCCCCCCCAGACGCGAUCCCAUCAUUGAAAUCUCGUGAUCAUGUGCACGAUUGCAAGAUUUCAAAUUGUUUACAUCGGAACAGUUGUUCCGAUGUAGACUCUUUAACCCCGGCAGGAAAUGGUAAAAAGCAGAUUCACUUUGUUUACAUAAACUUAGAUUACUGGUAACAUAUAGAUACAUAGAGUAACAAAAAUUAUACUCUAUGGGGAGUUAUUGUGUUCUAUAGAGGAACACUGUGUUUAAAGCGCAAUAAAUUCACAAGUGUGAAAUCCCCGCAAGUUGAUUACUUAAAAUAACAUUGUAACACACAUUCAUUAUUUUAUUUUGUCUACGUUUACUGUAAAAAUACCCCUAAACAUUCUGUAAUCUAAAUAUGCUGAAAAUGUAUUUGCCCCAUCCAACUUAAUUCUACAGGGUUAUUGCUUAGAGCAGUGCACUAACUUAUGUACACCUUACCCUAACUGGUUUCAAUCAAUUCUCAAAUGGAUUUUCAAGCGGCUUAUUGCCUUUUUUUUUUUUUUUUAAACUUUGAUGCAAGGAUACCUUUUGUUAUUAAGCUUUUGCAACUUUAUACAGCAAAGUUUGUGCUUAAAGGGAUGAACACAAAAUAAAUGCUAGAUAUAAUAUAUGCAGAUUUUUUUUAAUUCUAAAGUUUACAUAUUUGAAGAAAAAAGGUUAAACUUUUAGUUUCUGUACAGUAGCGGGAACUUUUAUGUUCUAAGUAAUGCUUGGAUAAAAGACCAUUCUCCUCUAAUAUACAUUGUUAAAAAAAAAGUUAGGGUUUUUUAUAAAUGAUCUAUUAAAGUAACAAUCUCAGGUUUAGUGCUCCCUUUAACAGAGGGCUCAUGACGUGGCAAAAACAGGAUUAAACCAUUGUAUUGUUAUGACGCAAAUAAUUUAAAUAUUUCAUAUGAUCAGAAAAGGUUACAAUCUGUAGAAUUUGUCAAUAGAUGUUGCUUUCAGGUGGGGGUUAACACAUUUUAUAAGAAAAUAUUUUUUUUUAACAUUUUGGAAAGAGCAUAUCAGCAUGAUAUUUAACAUUUUUCUUUCAUACUAGUGCUAAGCGUCUAGAAAAUAAGUAGAUGUAUGUGUUCUAACAGAUUCCUUGUUUGUAAUUUGCUCCUUUAAUAUAAUUUGUGAAAAUUGUAAAAUCUUUUAAAGAAUUGUCAGCUCUUAAGACCUUGCAAAGUGACAUAAAAUUGAUACACGUUUCAAGCAGAGUAAGACCAUUCUGGUAGAAUUAGGAGCAAAGUGAAGAGUAUACAUAACUUGAAACAAUUCCAAUAACUUGUCAAAAAAAUGGGCCUUUAAAAUCGGAGAACAAUAACAUAAAUAACAUACUAUGCUGUAAAACUUUGGGUCUCUGUUCCAUUGAAAAGUGUUUUUAUUUAUUUUUGGCUGCAUCAUUUAAUGGUACAAAUCUGACUGUAACAGAUUAUCUCUUGCAUUCCCUCCAAAAAACCUGCAACGUGUUAAUCUUUUUGUUUUUGAUUUUCAUUACCCCUGUCAUUUAAGGGGUCAGUAAAAUGUUACCCAGGUUCUAUCCAUUUAUUUUCUUCCAAUACUCAAUUUUAUAAAUUAUUCAUUGGAAUCUUUUUAUUGUAUUUAAAUGUAGUCAUAUUGACUAUGUACAUAUAUACAUAUAUAUAUAUAAAUAAAUCUAUACUUUCAUUUCUUAAAGGUGCUGUCCCCUUGCUAUGUAUAUACUGUGAUGAAUUUUAUAUAUUUUGUUGUGUAUACACACAUGUACACAUUCAUAUUAUACAUGUAUAUUAUGUAUAUACAUAAAUACUAGUAUUCAUUAGCCAUUAUAUAUAUAUAUAUAUAUAUAUAUAUAUAUAUAUAUAUAUAUAUAUAUAUAUAUAUAUAUAUAUAUAUAUAUAUACACACAAAUAUCUCACAGGGCUUGGAAUUUCCUCCAGUUCUAUAUGAGUAAGAAAUACACACACACUGAUUUCAUUUUACACACACACACACACACACAACACUCGUAUAUAUAUAUAUAUAUUCCUAUAUACAUACUUGUAUAAAUUGGUCAUCUGUUGAACUAAAUUGACCAUUCAUAUUAUAUAUAACACUCCAUGAUUGUGUACAUGUGUGUCCAUUUAAAUACAUAUUUAUACAUACCAAUGUGUUUUAUAUUUAAUGUUUCUUGAGAUGGAUAUAUACACACAAGCUGCCUUUUGUCUUUAUGUAUCAUUGUACACUGCAACACAGGCUGGUUAGGACACGACCUUGUACCCGGUUCAUGCUGUAGAAGAAAACAAAUCUGUACUGUGUAAUUUUAGAGUCCUUGCUUUCCUGCUUGUUUGGAAAUGCUACAGUGUGUUAUUUAACGCUUUACUAUAUCAUCAAAGCCUUUAAUGCACUGUAGAUAUUUGAUUAUACAACACAAUGCAUUUCAGGCCUCUAGUGUUGAAAUGACUGCUCUAUAAUCCGUCUCAGAAGCUGUAAAACACUGCAUUUUGCCUUUAUUGUAACUCCCUUCCAUUGCACAUGCUGCUAAGUGGCACUGCACCUUUUACAUGUUAACAUUACUGCAUAUAUUACUUGCAAUAUGAUCUGAUUUUGUGCUGAGCCAAGAUUUACUCUAUUGUUUACUUGCUUUAAAUAUUUGUAAAAUAAUUUAAUAAAAACAGAGAAUUAGUUGCUAUUUAUCGUUCCAUUUAAAUAUUAGAAAAUUUAAUCUGGUCUCGUUGUGGUUUUUAUACAAACAACUAAAUAUUUCUACCUUUUAUAACCACAUUAUAGUAGUUUAGAUGACUGUCCAGUGUAUACUGUUCAUAUGGAUAUCAUUUUAUGACAGACAUCUGUUUGUUCUGCAGAGGAUCAUGUGUACUUUAGUUCCAUAUAUUUUAAAUAAAAGUUUAAAAUACA